GACGUAACGUUACUGGAACCAGCCCUGCUCGCGCUCCUCCCGCGCGCCUCUGUGACCCUAAACGAACGCUCUGUCGGUGUUUCCACCCAGUCAGCCAAUCAGCCGUCUGCCACCAGCUGCGCAGCGUCUCCCCUGCCACAUGCACAGAGCCAAGGUCCAGACAGGGAGCGGAGAAAACGCCGGGAGUUUUUACUUGGAUUAAGAGGAAGACCCUUGGAUUACAGAACCCCUUUUGGGUUUUAUUUUUUUUUAUUUUAUUUUUACUGUGAUCUAUAAAUUGCCACCAUGUCUCGGACGCCCGACGGGGUGAGCAAGCUCACAGAAAGCACAUUCAAGAAUGUGAUGGAGCAGUUCAACCCAGCUCUCAGGAACCUGGUCAACCUUGGGAAGAGCUACGAGAAGUCCGUCUCAGCAAUGACUCUUGCUGGAAAAGCAUAUUUUCAUGCUGUGUCCAAGAUAGGAGAGAACGCCAUUGUGUCUCCCAUGUCCAGGGAGCUUGGUGUUGUUUUGAUGGAGAUCGCAGAUAGCCACAGGAGGCUCCACAAUGAACUAGAGGAAAAUUUUAAAAGAUUUCACAGAGAGAUUCUUGUUGAGCUGGAGAAGAAGACGGACAUGGAUGUAAAGUACAUGACUGCUACUUUUAAGCGCUACCAAACGGAUUAUAAACUAAAGCAGGAGUCUCUGGACCGCUCACAGACGGACCUGAAGAAGCUCAGGAGGAAAGGACAUUCAAAAACCACCUCUAAAUUCGGCCUGAAGGAGAACGAGUAUUUGGCAACCAUCUCAUCUCGUCAGAUGGACAUGCAGAAGUUCAUCGCUGAAGGCUGCAAAGAGGCCUUCCUGGAAGAGAAAAGGCGCUUCUGGUUUCUGGCAGAGAAGCACUGCAUGUUUUCCUACCAGCUCAGCAACUUUCACGACAAAGCCAAAGACAUUCUGAAUAGCAAACUCCCCACCUGGCAGGAAAAAUGCAGCAACAUUGACAAAGUUCCAGACUCAGUUACAGCGAUGAUAGAGGGUCUGGCCAUCGAUCCAGGAUUGGCACAGGAAGAACGUUACAACAGGAACAAUGUGGGGUCUUUGGUCCCUCCUCCUGCGCCUCCGCUGAAGAUCAGUCCGCUGGCCAACAUGUUUAACCCUGAGCCCAGAACUCCGCUGAGCCCCACUUCAGACCACAGCUCAGACCGGAGCAGCCUAGGAGAGGGAAAUCUGUCCAGGUCCUCCUCCGUGUCAUCUGGUCUUAACGUGGGGAGGAAGUCCAGGGUUAAGACCAUCUUCCCUCACACAGCGGGCAACAACGACACCCUCCUUAGCUUUGAUGAUGGCGACAUCAUCACCCUGCUUAUCCAUGAAGAGAAGGACGGAUGGUUGUACGGAGAGUUAGAGAAGACACAGCAGCGCGGUUGGUUCCCUUCGUCAUACUGCAGGCCUUACACUGAGCCAGUCGGUUCAAGCAGCAAUCUGAGUACGCCGGUGAAAAGUCUGAGCGUGAUCAGUCUGCAGGAGGAGGACGAGGAGUGCGAAGACUACGAGCCCGUUCUGCUACCGCCACCAGACUACAGUGAUAUAAGUCCAUCCAGACAAAUGCCCCCCUCACCACCUUCCUCUCAGAACACGGUGUCAUUAGCUAAUGGGACUGCAAAGCCUCCUUUCUUAGGAGGAGGAAACCCAUUUGCAACAGUCAAGCUGAAACCGACUGUCACAAACGACCGCUCAGCGCCUGUCAUCUAACAAAAAAAAAGUUUAUUUUAUUGCCACUAUGCCUUCUUUGGAAUGGAAGCCCACAGAAUAUUUCCCUUACAUCUCACCAGCCUGAAUGCUUACCUCUAAGCCCUCCUGUUUGUUAAAUGGGUUUGCUGUCACUGAAAAUGUUUAAAGUGUCCAUAACAGGUUAAAAUUGUACCACCGAGGCCCCCUUCACACUGACCUAAGAUUACUCUGCAGGCUCUAGUAAAAAUAGAACGGUUCUGCCACAGACCCAGAAGAUUCCCAAACAAUCCACAAAUAUCCAAUUAAAUGUGACACGUUUCUGCUACUCCACCAACAGUUUCAGCCUUAAUGGUGAAAUGUAAGGCAUUCUUUCUAAAAGUACUUUUUGUUGUUUGAAAGUGGUUUUUACAUUUAAAGAUCACUACCUUUUCUAGUUUUCAGGUGAUAUGCACAAUUUGGAGUUGUAUGUGCACGUUUCACUGCUAUGGCCCUUACUUUAGUAGAAGUACAACACAUACCAAUCUUCAUAGGUGAGACCUCUAGCUUCCCUUGCGUUUGGGGAUAUUUUUUUUCACCUCUUUUUGAUUGGGGGUGUUGUUCUCUGUGGCUGUUUUCAGCUGGUCAUUAAAAAUGCGAACACUAUGUGCAUUAGGUUCUAAUUGUCCAGAACCUAAUGCCAGAACAUGUAUUUCCUUGUUCCAUCUGAAGCAAUGGCAGCCCUCUCUGUUCUUCCUUAACCUGCUGAUAAUAUUUAUUAAAAAUGUACAUUGGCUCAUAUUUUCCUCUUACAGCCUGUGUGCAUUUUCAAAGAUUUCGUUUUUUGGUAUAUAGACCAAUAUAACCUUUAUUUAACACUUAGAUUACCCUGUUGUAUUUUAGACUUUAAAUCUUUAGCUGCUUCAUCUCAAUUAUUCAAUGAAAAGAAUAAUAUAAUGAAAUAAAUAUUCAGGGUGGAAUAAAAUUUGAUGAUUAAUUAAAAAUGAAAAUACAAAGACAUUCUUAAUUUUCAGAAUCAUUUUUUUAGUCCAGCAUUUUUCAUUAUAUUUUUUUAAAUACUUAAAAUGAUAAAUACUUUCAAGGACAAAUACCUUGUCACCAUUUAUUUGCACCUGUGUAGAUAGAAGUUAGUAUUGGCUUUAAUGCAGUAAAACUUAACAGAGAUAAGAUGCUGUACUUGACUUAUGUAACGCCUAGAGAACUCUGUUGAAAACAAGGAGACGAAAAAGAUUAGUAGUCAUUUGAACUCUUGCUUAUCAGAGACUAAAAGUAUCGUUAUGACUGUUUCACUAAUGACAUCCAUUUAUAUAGUUUCUAAUCACUUUUAUACAGGCUUGAUCAUUCUUAUUACGGGGAAUCUCCAAAAUUGACGAAUAAUAUGACACUUCAGCACGUAAUUUGAAAAAAGAAGUCUUGAAAUGUUAAAAUAGUUAAAGGAAAUAAAGAAAAUAUUUUUACAACAAUAGAAGGAAACAUUAACAUUCUGAUUUUUUUUUUUAUUUUUCAAAAAGUAGACACUAAGAUAAUGAAAUGUUCUGGAUAAAAUACACAGCUUCCUUUGGAAAAAAUUGAAGAAUGUUUUGUAUAACUUGUAAACUAGAAGAAGUAAAAUCCAGAAAAGGAUUUUUUUUAAUACUUGGCAGAUGGUGUUAUUCAUCUAGAUAUAGACGGUAUAUGUCAGCAGCGCAUUCUGCCUGGUGUGAAGGGGGCCUAACAAAGAGUAGAGCUCAAAAUGCCCCAACCUGGUUUUUGUAAAUUAAUACUCCAAAAUGUUUUGGGUUCUCUGAUCUCCACCGUAUGAGGAUGUACGCAAAGCAGCAUCAAGUUGCAGUCCCAGAUUACUGGGCAUGAUAAACAGAAAACUUCACUGGAUGAAGUGCAUGCUUUUCCUCUAGUUUGUCUCUUUAAAGGAGAUAAAAUGUUGUCCCAGAUCAGAAACUGUGUCCAAACUACUAUGAUAAUUUCAACAUCCCAGUCAAAAGUUCCAAGGUAAACAUUUAGGGAAAAAAAAAAAGCAAUUUAAGCAACGAGCCUGAUGACCUUCUAUACUUUUUGACUAAAAGCCCUUUUCAUUACCUGUGGAGCAUUUUGAUUUCUUAAUGCAAUAAAACAAAUAGUAAAUUUUUUUUUCUGGAGAUAUUUAUCCAGUUUUGCUGCCUUUUGUAUGUUUAUUGAUGCAGACUUGCAGUUGUUGAACAGCAGGUCAUUUUGGCUGGAUCUCCAAGCAUCAACUGAGAAUAUGGAAAUAUAGUUAUAAGGCUUCAACAACCUUUUUUUUUUUGUUUAAAGGAGAAAACUAAGGAUUAAGAUGCUUGUAUUGGAACAUAAACACUCCAGCUGCCUUCCUGACUUGCCAAAAUACUAUCUUGUUAGAAAACUGUUGUUCUGUCUGAGACUUUCUGGGAUGCAGAGAGGUGGUUAGAAUGAAGGGAGACACGGCCGUGUGGUCGGAUUGUAGUUCUGAGUAAGGCAUUUUUUUUUUUAUUGCGUUUGUUUAUAUGGAUUAUUUAAAUAAACUGUGUUCAGUGUGAGACAUAAAGCUCCUCCUGAUCUAGAUUUCACUGCUGGGGUGUAAUUUAAACCACUUUCCAAAUAGUUUUCGUUUUAAUAUUAAUUGCAGAGUCACAUGUAACAUAAUGUAUUUUAAUGUACACUUUAAUGCUAACAAUUUUUUUCUCUGGUUGAUCAUUAAAAUGUUUGUGAAUAUUGUGCUUGUAUGAAAAUGAUCUGCGGCUCUAUUCAAUCUAAUGCUACAAUGAAGCAGGACAUAAAUCUCAUGCUUAUAGAUGGAUAUUAUGCCGAACCAUAACACUGUUUACACUUUUGCAGCUUUUUUCCAAUAAAGAUACUACGUUAUCUCAGUUAAUCGGAGGUGUUUGUUCUCCUACUUGAGACCUGUGUUUAAUUUUUUUCUUCUGCUAAAUUGGAAUGUAAACUAUGAUUCUUUCUGAUGUUAAAGCUCGGCCUGUUUUUCAGUG